AUGCCGUCGCCUCCACAGCGAUCACGAAAAGGAUCACGAAAAGGACCUGCAGUCGAACCGCCUGGUUCAUCGCCAAGACGAAGUGGACGGGAGCGACGGUCGUGGGACCCAGAAAGAACAUUUGGUGGAUCACGUCGAAGUACCGAGCAGGAGGAUGGAUCUACAAUAAGCAGGAAGAAGGUCAAGCCUGAAAAGCGACCGGAUGCGUCCCAGAAUAAGACAGUCGCGCGUAAGGCGCGCAAGCAAGGACCUCCGGCUGGCGACGAUGCACCAAAGAAGCGUCCCGGGCGGCCUCGUCUAGAGAGGAGUGACAGUCCCGGUGAGAAAUCGUCACUGUUGAAGAAACCCGGGGAAAUGACGCAGCCUAAGCGGCGAGGGCGACCGAAGGCUUCCAGUGCAUCAGCGCUGGACCCGGACCAAGAUCAAUCAUUCUCAUCCAGGGCUCAAACGAGCCAUCGGGCAUCCAAGGGCCAGCCCGAGCAAAACUCGUCCUCGAAGAAGGCCAACCGGAGAGCACCACGGAAGACCGAAGAGGCAGAGCCAGACGCGGAAGAAGUUGGGAGCUCAGAAUCCGAAGGGGAGCAACAGUUUCCAUUCCGCCACCUCAAAGAAACCAUUCGUACCAUCCCACGAUCCACGAUCGACGACAAGUGGACACCGCUUGACCCUCUGUCCAUCAAUCUUAUCAGCGCAAUCCUGGGUGAUGCACAACGACCUGUCCUUCUCAAUCUUCAGGAUACCAACCGGCGCCGUCAACACGCCUCAGCAGCUUUGGUGCACGUAUCACAGCGACUACGCGGCAAACUAAUUAAAGGCUUUCCCUUUCCUGCCCCUACCGGGGCGACUGCCACCCGUGGCAACGCUGGCAGCUACGAAGAAGACUUUGACUUCGAGCGGACAAUGGAUGCUAGCCAGACACUUGAGAACACCCUGAACCCGCUGCUGCACUCCGUGAGCCUGCUGCAAAAGGAGAUCCAAAGGGAGGAGGAUGCGCUGGCCAACGAAUACAAUCAUCUGCACAAGUUGGAGACCAACGCGAAAUAUGAGGCCAGAGAGUGGAAGGAGAAGGCGAGGAGAGAGCAUGUCCUUGCGCCCGGCAUGAAGCCCAAGGACGGGGAUGAUGAUGAGCCCAGGGAUUCUUUAGAACUUGUGCCUGCGUUGCCAGGCGACGUCCUUGGAGGGCUCUUUAAAGACCUACAAGACGAUGAGCUUCUUGACCUCUCGAAGCAGAUCGGGAGUCAUAUGGACAGCCUGAAAAGCAACCUGCAGCAGAUUCGCGGCGUUGUGCCUGCUAUAACCAGGAGCAAGGCGGCUCUGCAGCAAGUGUUGCUAAAACACUUGGAUGAUGAACAGUAUGAGAGUAUUUUGCUUGGAUAG